GUGAUUUAAGUUAAUCAAAAAUGAAAUAAAAAUUUAAGUUGAGUACAAGUCGUUAAUCAACUAAUCGAAACAAAGGUGUUUCAAUUGAUUUGGAGAAUAAUGUAUAAUAAUACCUAACAUUAACAAUAGAAAAUAAGUGAUAGGAUAUAGUCAGCAAAAAGUUAAUAUACAAAGUAGAGAUAAUUAAGACACAGCUCUUAAUUUGAAAGAUAUAGCAAGAACAUAUCUCAAAAUGCAAGUAAAAUUCUUUAGUUACAAUAGGAAGAUCAUCUCAUUAUGAUUUUAAAUAGUUAUUAUUGUCAUAAUCAUUUGAGCAUAAAUUAAAGAAGCCUUUAUUAAGAUCUUCAUAUGUUUCAAGUUAAAAUCAAUACUCAGAACCAAGUCCAUAUCAUUAAGAAAACCCAUAGAUUUAUUUUUGAUAAUUUAUUAACU